GCCGGUGUCUUUUGACAUCCUCGACGCCAAGUUCGACAUGAUUCUAGGCAUGUCUUGGUUGCGUAGCGCCGACCAUCCGAUAAACUUUCAUGACCGACCCAUUCACGCCCGUGAUCGGAACGAAGUGUUAAUCCCAUGUACGGUCGCAACUCCUCACACUUCGAUUGCUUGUCACAUGGUUUCCGAUGCGAGGAUUCACGACGCCAUAGCUUAGAAUGACGUAGAGGAGAUGGGCCUUGUCUUCUUACACGCCCUCCCCUCGACGGGCGGACCAGCCGGGUCGCCGUCGGACCCACGCAUCACUCACCUUUUAAAUGGGUAUGUAGACAUCUUCGAGGCUCCCACCAGAACGGUUCCGGAUCGGCCCAUACGUCAUGGGAUGACUCUUGAGGCUGGCGCCGUCCCUCCACGUGGAUGCAUCUACCGCAUAAGCGAAGAGGAACUCGAGGUGCUUCGCGCACAACUCGACGAUCUCCUCGACAAAGGCUGGAUUCACCCUAGUUAUUCGCCAUACGGUGCACCUGUUCUCUUUGUCCGAAAGAAGAACAAGGACCUACGAUUGUGGAUCGACUACAGGAAACUUAACGCACAAACCGUAAAGAACGCCGACCCUCUCCCUCGGAUCGAUGAUCUCCUAGAGUGGUUGGGCAGCGCGACGUACUUCUCAAAGUUGGACUUGAAGUCGGGUUACCACAAGAUUGAAAUCCAGCCUCAAGACCGGUACAAAACCGCCUUCAAAACGUGGUAUGGGCAUUUUGAGUGGGUUGUGACGCCAUUUGGACUCACCAAUGCCCCAACAACCUUCCAAGCAGCCAUGACGACGGAAUUUCGAGACUUGCUUGAUCGUACCAUCCUCAUCUAUCUCGAUGAUAUCUUGGUCUAUAGUCGGACGCUUGACGAGCACCUCGAACACCUUCGUGCUGUUUUGGAUCGAUUGCGAGCAGCCAAGUACAAAGCAAAUCGCGACAAGUGCCAGUUUGCCAAGCAAGAGCUUGAGUACCUAGGCCAUUAUGUGACACCGAAAGGCAUUCGUCCCUUAGCGGACAAGAUCCAAGCCAUCGUGGAUUGGUCGGAACCCCGUUGCACGACAGACGUACGCUCGUUCAUGUGUUUGGCUAGAUAUUAUCAGCGCUUCGUCGAGUCUUACUCCAAAGUGGCAGCACCGUUGUCGAGAUUUCAGUCCCCGAAGGUACCAUUCGAGUUCGGCGAUGCAACUCGUGGCGCAUUCACUUCGUUGAAGGCGGCGAUGCAAGCCGCGACGGCCCUUCAUAUUUAUGACCCCACCCUACCCACCCAAGUGACUACGGACGCUUCCGGAUACGGUAUUGAAAACCCGAAUGGUUGGCACCCGAUCGAGUGCCUCUCCCCAAAGGUGACUCCUGUCAACUCUCUCGACGAUGCUAGGAAGAAACAACUACUCGCGUUCAUCACCGUUCUCAAACGGUGGCGCCACUUUCUUCUCGGUCGUCGGCGUCUUAGAUGGAACACGGACAAUAAUCCGUUAACCUCUACAAAACGCAAGACACGGUCACGAGCACGAUCGGUCGAUGGAUGUAUUACAUAGGACAGUUCGACUUUGAGUUGUGCCACAUUCCCGAUCGCGCCAACCGAGCAG